GAGUCUCUAAUCACACACUCGCGUAAAUUACGUGCUUGUGAAGAGCGGCGCUUUUCGAUCACUCCGGCUUUUGAAGAAAUAUGGCGGAUGUUGAGCUAGCAAAAGCCUUGAAGGAUUUACCAAAUCGAGUUCAGACCGCCAGCAAGAAGGAGCGGCGUGAGAUUCUGCAAAAUGUCGUCAGCGUAUUGUCAAAUCCCGGCAUUAAUGAUAAAAUUGUUAAUGGAAUCUGUAAGGUGGUAUCACUUACCUUACAUAGAUACAAAGAUAGUGCUUCUCAGUCCUACGUGAGAAACCUAAUUGUGGAACUAAUUAAGCAACAACCAGAAGCUACUAUCAAACAUAUGACAACUGUAAUUUCGGAGCAAGCUACUUGGCAUAAGAAUGUGGUUGCAACCUUGAAUACAGCUCUAACUGCAUACACCGCAUUGAACUGGUCAACUUUACUUAUUUGCCAUGGAUAUAACGAACGUCGUGUAACCCAAAUGGAUGAAUAUUUAGCAAAACUUAUUGAGGCACAGGCAAAUUUAUCCGCAGCAGCUUUAGCGUCUGCAGACAAAAGACAUGCCAACAAGGUGUACAUGUUACUCAUGCAUGAAUGGGUAGCUAUGACAGACAUAGAGAUUUACGCUGGAUAUUUAACAAAAUUGGAGCUUGGUAACGGUGUAAUUAUUUUAGCCAGUUUACUUACAAGAUAUUUAGUUGCCACAAAAAGAAAUGAUUUGGUGGAGCAGUUAAAGACAAACAUGAUAGAUUCUUUUAUAAAAGUGACGAUUAGUUGUAAGAAGAAACCAGAUUUGUAUGUAGUUGAUGCAGCUGUGCCACUUCUUCGGAGAUUGACUCACGAAGAAUUCAAAAGUCAGUUACUUCCUGCUUUACAAAAGGCUAUGCUACGAAACCCAGAGAUUAUAAUUGAAUCAGUUGGACAUAUUUUAAAUGGACUGAGUCUCGAUUUGAGCCAAUACAGCCAGGAGAUAAGUAAAGGAUUAUUUGCCAAUCUACAUUCUAAGGAGGAUUUGGUUCGGGAUGAGGCAGUUGAGGCAUGUCGUAAACUUGCUCUACAAUGUUCCGAUACGACGGCUUUGGAAACGCUCCUGUCAUCCGUCUUCGCAGUGUUUCAUGGAUCUGAGGGCAAACUCACGGUCGCGAUCCACAAGAUUUCUGUACUGCAGGGUGCUGGCAAUUUGAGCUACAAUGUAGCUUCGGGCAGCAGCGUGCAGAAAUUAGCAGAGACGGCCUGCGAGCAUUUUGUUAAGGUGCUCGAAACCGAGGUUCAUGAGAAGACGUUGAUACAUGCACUUGAGAUGAUGGCUUUGUGGUCUAAGAAAUUUUCGUCUAAUGUACCGAAAAUUGUCGUGGACGCCUUUAAGAAGGGUAUGGCGGCGAAAACCUCUACCGCCGCGGUGCGUACUGCCUACAUUAAAUUGUUUUUCUCGGCUCCCGCUGCUUCGUACUCGGGAGUAAUAGCGCCGAUUCUUGCGCAAGCGAUAACCAGAGCUAUGCAACAAUGCGCACAACCGACGGCGGUAACCGAAGGCCUGGUCGCUUCGUAUUUGCUACUUAAAUUUGUGCUGGCUGAUCAAGUGGAGAAUGACAAGCAAAGCGUGCUGUGGAACGCGAUAGACGAGCAGAUAUUCUUUUCCGAGAAAUUUUUGUCGACAUGUAACGACGAUAUUUUAUAUCAUCUUAUGUUACUCUGCGAACGUCUUAUCACCGAAUUCUCCGAUAAACUGAACGAGAAAGCUUUAACUGGGAUUCAUCGAGCGAUCGUGUCCUGCGCCACUGCCCCAAAUUCCACAACGAGACAACGAUGCUUUCCCUUAGUUAAGAAAAUUGUGACUGGUUUAAGUACAUACGCGCCAGCGCAAGCAUUGCUAACAGAAUUCAAUAAAUUUUUAGAAAAUGUUAAGAUAAAAUCAGAAUCGGACAAAGAAAAUAAAGAGGAAACCUCAAUGGGAGAAAUUACUGGCAGGUGUCUCGCUGAUGGAUUGUUUGCUAUAUGUUCAGGUUCCUUUUUGUUCGAAACUCACAUCUAUCAAAUGGCCAGAGACGCUAUGCUUCCAUCUCAUCACCCGGCAUUACUUAAAGCUGUACCAAACUUAUGGUUCAAAAUUGCGAAAAACUAUAAUCUCGUACCAAAAGAUUUUUUACGUACUUACAGCAACGAAGUAAGAAAGAUGCUGAUUCAGAAUUAUAAACCUGUACCAAACUACGAAAACGCUCUUAUAAGAAUUAUAUCGCUUGCACCAGACGCUUUUUUACCCGCGUUAGUGUCAAAUGUCACGAGUAAGCUUGACGAUCCAGAAAUCUUACGAGUUACCAAGGAUGAAUAUUUCACGUAUCUUACGCCUGAAGGAGAGCUCUACGAUAAGAGCGUACUGCCCGUUAACGACGAGAACGAUAUUCUUGGUUCUAUGAAUAUGAAGAGGGAAAGUAAAGUUUAUUCAUUCAAGGAGCAGCAAGAAGAGCUUCAACUACGGCGUGAAUUGUAUGAAAAGCGAAAGAGGGAGGGCAAGAUAAAGGAACCGAAGCUAACGCCUAAACAGGAGGAAACUAUAAAGGCACAAAUCGCGAAAGAGAAUGCUAUUCGCAAGAGAUUAACAGAGUUGAAAGCCAAAAUAGAUAACACUGUGUCCUUAGUGGCAUGUUCGAUACGCGGCAAUCGGCAGGAGUUGUCCUUGUACUUGAAAGACCUUUUACCACCCAUCUUGAAGACUCUGAGCUCUCCACUGGCAGCACCCGAAAUAUCGGAGCUCUACGUAUCUCUUCGCCAGACAGUAACGUUAGAUAAUAGUGCGAUUCUAGGUGAUCUUAUUGCUCACGUUACAUUACGACUGUUGCAACCGCAGUGCGAUUUGGAUCAAGCCUGGGAAGAGGAAAGUCUGGAUGUGGCGGUUAAAAGAACAUUGAAUCUUAUACAUGCAGUAACGCUCAAGAAGAAGGAAUUAUUCAUGGCGCCCGCAUUCUGUUACGUUUUUCCUUUUAUAAGGAAGACUCUGACGUCGUAUAAGGACGAUGGGAUGAUCGUACAGGGACUGCAAUUGAUUCAGGAACAUGCGAAGCAGAGAGGCAGCACCACCGAUUUAAAAGACCUCAGGCAUCCCAGACUUCUGCCGCGCAAGCAAAUGUUUGACUUGCUCAUCGAGCUUAUGGAAAUCACCACAGGCCGAGUGCAAUCUCACGCGGUGGCGACCUUACUGGACGUCGCACAAUCUGGCAGUGGUCAACCAGGUGCGGCAAUCGCCACUAGCGAGGAUAUAGACUCGUUGAUUGGCGCGUUACAGAACUCAUUGGCGACCGUGAGAGACGCGGCUCUUAGAGGAUUGACAGUGAUACGGCAGGCGUUUCCAUCCCAAAAGGAGGAUCAAGAUCAGCUUAAUAGACUCACGAGAAGAAUAUGGAUCGCACGAUUUGACGUGAAUGACGAAAACAAGAUCCUCGCUAACGAAUUGUGGAACGCUGCUGACUUUAGUGCGCAACCGGAGAUUUUAUGCGAGGAAUUGAUCCAAGAUAUCGCUCAUCCGGUUGAACCAGUACAACAAGCAGCCGCGCACGCGCUAGCCCAGAGCCUAGCCAAUGUGCCGCAUCUAACGCCGACCGUGCUGGACAACCUGUUGCAACUGUAUCAGGAAAAAUUGGCCAUGAUUCCACCAAAACUAAAUGAUUUUGGCCGUGUCAUUGAGCAGCCGAUCGACAUGUGGGGUCCACGGCGUGGGGUGGCUCUCGCCCUCGCUCAAAUAGCGCCACUUCUCAAUGCUGACACGGUACAUCGACUUAUCCAGUUCUUUGUUGUGACUGGUCUCGGCGACCGUAAUCAAUCCGUGCGCACCGAGAUGCUCACGGCCGCUGUCGCGGCGGUUGAUCUUCACGGUAGCGCUAACAUCACGUCACUGUUACCCGUGUUCGAGGACUUCAUGGAUAAGGCGCCGAAGAUUGGCAGUUUCGAUUCGAUCAAGCAGUCGGUGGUGAUCCUUAUGGGAUCUCUGGCAAGGCAUUUGGACAAAAAUGAUCCACGAAUUAAGCCUAUUGUAAUGCGCCUGAUCGCAGCACUUUCUACGCCGUCACAGCAGGUACAGGAAGCCGUGGCCAAUUGUUUGCCGCAUCUGACGGAUUCGAUCAAGGAAGAUGCCCCGAAAAUUGUCGACAAUUUAAUGGACCAGUUGCUCAAAUCUGACAAAUACGGAGAGCGCAAGGGCGCGGCGUAUGGUCUGGCGGGACUCAUUAAGGGCAUGGGAAUCCUUGCAUUGAAGCAGUUGGACAUUAUGAGCAAGCUGACCACCGCUAUCCAGGACAAGAAGAACUACAGGCACCGCGAAGGCGCGUUGUUUGCCUUCGAGAUGUUAUGCACGAUGCUUGGCAGACUGUUCGAGCCUUACAUCGUUCACGUGCUACCGCAUUUGCUGUUGUGUUUCGGCGAUUCAAGUCAAUACGUGAGAACCGCCACCGACGACACUGCCAGAGUAGUUAUGAGUAAACUCUCCGCCCACGGCGUUAAACUUGUUUUGCCAAGUCUGCUAGCGGCUCUAGAAGAAGACUCGUGGAGAACAAAAACAGGAUCUGUCGAGUUACUUGGCGCUAUGGCAUACUGUGCACCGAAACAGUUAAGCAGUUGUCUACCGAGUAUCGUGCCCAAACUUAUAGAAGUGCUCAGUGAUUCCCACACGAAGGUGCAAGAAGCCGGCGCGGAGGCACUUAAAGUCAUCGGAAGCGUCAUCCGUAAUCCGGAAAUUCAAGCCAUCGUACCUGUGUUGCUGAAAGCGCUACAAGAUCCCUCGCACAAAACUGCUACUUGUCUGCAAACCUUGCUGGAUACACAAUUUGUACACUUUAUCGAUGCUCCCUCCCUAGCUUUGAUUAUGCCUGUCGUUCAGCGUGCAUUCCUCGAUCGUUCGACGGAGACAAGAAAAAUGGCUGCGCAGAUUAUCGGCAAUAUGUACUCCUUAACGGACCAAAAGGACUUGACCCCGUAUUUACCGACUAUUAUCCCGGGUCUGAAGACAAGUCUGCUUGAUCCAGUGCCUGAGGUACGCAGCGUAUCAGCGAGAGCCCUAGGCGCUAUGGUACGGGGAAUGGGCGAGUCCAGCUUUGAGGAUCUGCUGCCUUGGCUAAUGCAAACGCUGACCUCCGAGACCAGCAGUGUCGACAGAUCCGGCGCUGCCCAAGGUCUCUCAGAGGUUGUGCGCGGAUUAGGCGUUGAGAAGCUUCACAAGCUCAUGCCGGAGAUUAUCAGCACCGCGGAAAGAACCGACAUUGCUCCCCAUGUGAAGGACGGAUACAUUAUGAUGUUCAUAUACAUGCCGAGCGCGUUUACCACGGAAUUCACACCAUAUAUAGGACAAAUUAUCAAUCCUAUUCUGAAGGCGUUAGCCGACGAGAACGAAUAUGUGCGAGAGACCGCAUUGCGGGCGGGACAACGUAUCGUCACUCUUUACGCCGACUCGGCAAUAAUGCUGCUGUUACCAGAAUUAGAAAAGGGCCUCUUUGACGACAAUUGGCGUAUCCGAUACUCGUCCGUACAAUUGUUGGGCGAUCUGCUUUACAGGAUCUCUGGUGUAUCGGGUAAAAUGUCGACCGAGACUGCGAGCGAGGAUGAUAAUUUUGGCACGGAACAAUCGCAUUACGCCAUCAUAAACGCUUUGGGUGCGGAAAGACGGAAUCGCGUAUUAGCCGGUCUAUAUAUGGGUCGGUCAGAUGUGGCUCUUAUGGUACGCCAGGCAGCUCUUCAUGUGUGGAAAGUAGUGGUAACAAAUACACCAAGAACGCUGCGAGAAAUAUUACCAACGCUGUUUACUCUUCUGUUGGGAUGUUUGGCGAGUACGAGUUACGACAAGAGACAAGUGGCCGCCCGGACCUUGGGUGAUCUCGUUCGGAAAUUGGGAGAACGAGUAUUGCCGGAAAUCAUACCGAUUUUGGAAAAGGGUUUGCAGAGCGACCAAGCUGAUCAGCGUCAAGGAGUGUGCAUAGGUCUUUCGGAAAUUAUGGCGAGUACCAACAAAGAUAUGGUACUAACUUUUGUUAUCAGCCUGGUACCAACUGUGAGAAAAGCGCUAUGUGAUCCAUUGCCGGAAGUCCGACAGGCUGCGGCCAAAACUUUCGAUGGCUUGCAUUCCACAGUGGGCGUUCGCGCCCUCGACGAUAUAUUGCCGGCAAUGUUGACGCAACUCAAUUCACCCGAUCCAGCGGAAGCGGAGAACACUUUGGAUGGCUUACGUCAAGUGAUGGCGAUCAAAUCACGCGUCGUACUACCGUAUCUAGUCCCGCAGUUAGCCUCGCCUCCAGUUAACACGAAAGCACUGUCGAUACUAGCCAGCGUGGCAGGUGAAGCAUUGACAAGGUUUCUCCAUAGAAUCUUACCAGCAUUGCUCACUGCUCUUUCCAGUGCGCAAGGAACGCCAAAUGAACUACAGGAAUUAGAAUAUUGUCAGGCUGUUGUUCUUUCCGUCACCGACGAAGUAGGCGUCAGAACCGUAAUGGAUCAGUUAAUGGAGGCUACAAGAGCGGAAGAUCUCUCGAAACGACGAAGCGCUGCUACAUUGCUUUGUGCGUUUUGUCGCGAUACUCGUGCUGAUUACAGCCAAUAUGUCCCGCAAUUGCUCAGGGGUUUAAUUCAUUUGUUUACCGACGAGGACAGAGAUGUGUUGCAGAUGAGUUGGGAGGCACUUACAGCUGUAACUAAGACUUUGUCAUCUGAGCAACAGAUAGCGCAUGUACAAGACAUUAGGCAAGCCGUUCGAUUUGCGGUUUCUGAUUUGAAGGGCCAGGAAUUGUUACCCGGAUUAUGUCUUCCCAAAGGAAUCACGCCAAUCCUACCAAUCUUCAGAGAGGCCAUACUGAAUGGUUUGCCGGAAGCGAAGGAACACGCGGCUCAAGGAUUAGGAGAAGUUAUAAAAUUGUCUAGUGCGGCUGCGUUACAACCUAGUGUCGUGCACAUUACUGGUCCGCUCAUUCGAAUUCUUGGUGAUCGUUUUAAUUGGAGCGUUAAGGCUGCUGUACUCGAGACGCUUGCUAUACUACUUGGAAAGGUCGGUGUUAUGUUGAAACAAUUCCUGCCACAAUUGCAAACCACGUUUCUGAGGGCUUUGAAUGAUAGCAACCGGCAGGUCAGAUUGAAAGCAGCUUAUGCUCUUAGCAAUCUGAUUGUCAUUCAUACACGUGUUGAUCCCUUAUUCACUGAACUUCAUACUGGUAUCAAAACAGGAGAUGAUCCAGCGAUAAGAGAAACGAUGUUGCAAGCUCUCAGAGGUGUACUGACCCCUGCUGGCGAUAAAAUGACCGAUCCGAUGAAGAAACAAGUAUUUGCAACGCUCAGUAGCAUGCUCAGUCAUCCAGAGGACGUAACGAGAAAUGCUGUUGCUGGUUGUUUUGGCGCUCUUUUGCGAUGGUUAACUCCAGAGCAAUUAGCAGCUGCAUUUAACGAUCAUCUUUUGUGUAACGAUGUUAAUGCUGAUUGGGUGCUGAGACAUGGACGUUCAGCUGCGCUUUUUGUAGCACUAAAGGAAUCACCUACCACGGUGUACAAUCCUAAAGAGAAAGAUCGCGUUUGUACAGUGAUACUCUCUUAUUUAGCUGCAGACAGAGUGCAGAUUGUCAUGAACGGCGUACGGGCAUGCGGAUACCUAUUUCAGUAUCUGAUGAACGAAUCACAACCAAUACCACAGCAAAUUUUGUCGCCUUUCGUAAGAUCGAUGAAUAAUAAUAGCAACGAUGUGAAGCAAUUACUCGCCCGAGUUUGUAUUCAUCUCGCGCGUAAUAUACCUCCUGAAAAUAUGUCGCCCGAACUGCUCAAGGCACUUUUGCCAAUGUUGGUGAAUGGUACGAAAGAGAAGAAUGGAUAUGUCAAAGCAAAUAGUGAGCUCGCACUUAUCGCAGUACUUCGACUAAGACAGGGUGAAGAAGAACAUCAGCGUUGCAUGGCUUUCUUGGAUGCUGGCGCAAAGGAGUCUUUAUCCGACGUAGUCAGCAAAGUGUUACGUAAAGUUCUCUCUCAACCAGAGGGCAAAAUAGAAGAAUUAGAUGAUACGUUACUCACGUGAGAGAUAUUGUACUUUCCGGGGCUUAUUACGCACUAUACCCGUACCAAUAAUCGUAUUACCCGUCAUUACUCGCCCGAUUCCUAUAAAGAAGAGAUUUAUCGUUCAUGUAUCAGCUGCAUUAUGAACACACUAGCUCGUGCAGCAUUGUAUUUCGAUAAACAAUUAAAGAGCGUGAAAUGGAACUGUCGCUCGAUAGCAUUCAAGUUACUUAAACUCAGAUGUCCUGGAUAUAUCAAGCGAUUCAAAUCAGAAUUGUACAUACUUUUACGAGAGAGGUUUUCUAUGAUUCAUAUGACGACUGCUUGACAUCUAAUGAUCCAAAUAUCGUUAACAAUACGUGCGUUUUCCCACUUAAGAGAUCAAAGAUGACAAUUGGAAUUAUCUAUGUUUAUUAUCGAAAUUUUCUCUGCGUUGGAGAUGUAAGAUUUAUUAUUUAAACCAUUGUUUUAUUCACAGUCAUAUUUAUAUUAAACAGUAACAUUACAAACUCUUUAUAGACUCGAUAUGGUUGUAUUAAACAAACGCUAUAUCAAAAAUUGAUUUUGUUUGCCAUAAGAAAAAAUAUUUGAUAGAUUCAUAUAACUCGAUUCGAGAUAUCAUAAAGCUAGUUCAAUGAUUUGCUUACGUAAUUAAAACUACGAAGCUGUACAGGAAAUGUUUGCUUAUUUCUGUUAGAUUUAUUUAUUUUGUUUAGACUUUCUAUAUUUUUUUUAUUAAACGUAUACUAAUUUCAUUUAUGUGUUGUCAUAAGUGAUACUGUUUUAAGACUGAUUUUUCAAUCAUCGAUUAUCUUUUAGAGUUUAAAAGAAAAAGAUGGAACAAAAAUAUAAUUUGAAGGUUAAAGUUAAUCGAUGAUUGAAAAAUUUGCCUUUAGAUGUACAGAGUAUUUGAAGGUUCUUUUAACAGUUGAUAUUCAGGAAGAACAGAGAGUGUUAGAUUAAUACCAGAUAAUCGAACGAGUAGGGAAAAUGCGUAACCUCUUUAAUUACAGAUGUUAAUGUUAUCUUAAAAAUUAAUUGUUAUAGCAUAGAUUAUUUUUAACAUCUCUCUCGCACAUUUCUUUUAUAUAAUUUUUAUGUAUUUUUUCCAUUUAUAAUAAAAAUGCGAUAAAGUGUAACUUGGAAGGCGGCAAUAACGAAGAAAUAUAGUCUCUUUAAAAUUAUUAUAUAUAGAGAAAGAAAUAUAAUUAAAAGAAUAAUUGAAAUGAAACAUUCAUUAACAGUGAUUGAAAUUUAAUAUGUAUCAUCUCUACACUUUAGCGAUGUUGUUAUUCAUGCAAAUAUGAAAGAAUUACAUCUAAUAAAAACAUUUCUUCGGUAAAAAUAUCUAGAGUAACAGCUCAUUAAAUCUCGAUAUCGAGCCUAUCGUUUUGACAAUUUAUACCUUUCUAUAUCUUGUGAUUCGAAUCAAUUUGAUUGAUUGUAAAUGGAUUUUCCUGAAAAAAAAAAAAAAACGACUAUUCUAGAAGAACUCUGGCACGUGCAACGAUAGAAAGUGCAAGUAAUAUGUGAAGUAACACAACGUAUUGAGAAAAUCUAUGGAAUAUUAUAAAAGAUAUAGUUGUUGGCAAUUCCAGAAUAAUGGACAGAGCGUCUAGAUCUACACGACUGGAAUGUUCAGCCACAAUUUAGGGAUCUAUAAUCGUAGAGGUUGUUAAUAGCUUGAGCUACCAAAAUGCCGUGAUACUCCUGGCUCGAUCAUCAAAGUGUCCUCGAAAUAGGCUCCGUAAACACAUCGCUCUGCAUUUAUCAAUUUUCAUACAAUCCCAUUUUGCAUGCAGAUAUGCUGCCGUCGCGCAUUGUCUCGCAUUUAAAUAAAACAUGUGCUGAACAAUCGCAGAAUUUUGUACUUUUAUAUGAUUUCUAAUGAUGUCGCUUGAUAUUUACUUACGUGAUGCAAUAUUAACAAUCAACAAUUGUUCUCUCACUGGAUAAAGCUGAAGUUUAUAGAUACUUCGUCUCGAUGCUACAACACUCUACGUUCGACGAAUAUAGAUUGUAGAUAAAAACGUGAAUAAAAUGGAUCGGAGGCAUCGAUAUGACGGACCAGAAGUAGCAUUUCGCUUCGUACUUUCGAGAAACACUCCACUCGUGACCUAGUUGUGCGUUUCGCUUUAAUUGUUCACGUGGUCCGAGAUUUCCGUAAACACACGACGGAUCAGCUCGAUUUCCUUCCCAUUAAGGACAAGUUGCGCUAGUACUGAUCAACGUUAAUUACAGUUAAUUGAACCUGUUUCUGUUUAUGAAUCUCUCGGGAAAAACAAUCUUGACAGAUUUUUAGGUGAAUUUGAUGUUUUUCUUAAACGUGAAUUGUUCGAGAUAGUUAUCUUGCCGUGACUUUCUAAAUUUUUGUUAUAAUUGUGCAGUUAGAUAUCGCAACAGAUUAAAAUUCUAUUAAAAUA